AUGCUACGACACUUCCUCGCCGCCACUGCCCACCACAUGUUGCCUCCCGACACAUUGAUCAAUCUAUACAAGGCAGUUGACACUGGCAACAUCCAGUUUGUACGUCUACUACUACAACAUAUUGUAAUCGAUGAAGAGAGUAUCAAGUUUGCCAGAUAUGCAGGGUUCAGAACAUCUCGCGCAGCAGUCAAUGUUGACAUGCUCGCAGUGCUACACAAGGAGUUCAACUGCCUGUUCAGGAUCCCGGUGCUUUGGCUUGCGGCACUCAAAUACGCGGUCAAGUGUAGCAUGUUGGACUGUGUACAAUACAUCUUGGACAACAUGCCCGUGCACGUGUUGCCCGAGAUGACAAACGCCCUCAUCUCAAAGUGUCUCAGACGUUGCGCCAAGAAAGGAAACUCCAACAUGUUCCAGUAUCUCGCCAUCAAGUCCCAGUUCAACCUCAAGUCGAAUGAUAUCACCGGCAUAAUCACUGAGGCGUGCGAUCAUGGUCAGGAGUCAUUCCUCAGGUAUCUCAACCAGCAUGUUGACAACGAGGUAUCUCGAGAUUUCAUUCGCCACUGCUUGGAGUUGAGAACACCAUUGGCAGCCAUUCGUACCAAUGACUUGGCGAGUAUGAGUGACGGGUCGUUCAAUGAUCAGUCGGUCGAGUUGGACGCCAAGACAUGCAACCAGAUGUCCAAAGAGAUGGCGACACUCAUAUGCGGCCCGCCCUCUACAGCGCACCCGUUGGUGUACACUGGUCAGUCAUUAAUCAACAUGAUCAGGGCUGUGGUCAAGCCAGGCACCAACAUCACUGAGGACUUGGUGUGCCAGUUCAUUGUCAACCUCCGGUACAAGUUGACCCUCUCCAUAUCUGGCACGCUGGACUAUGCCGCUGGCUUCUCAGCCAAAAUCAUGACUCUGAUCAAUCAACGAUUCAAAUCAAAUUCACAACAUCUCAAAUAUCGAUGUAUCAAGGAGUCCGCCAUCAAGUUUGUCUCGGUCGGUGCGUUGGAGGACAUCAUCUUCAUGCUCGGUCAUCUGGACCAUGUCAAGCGUGACCCAGAGAUAUGUUUGAAGGCAGUGCUCAAUGAAGACCCUCGAGUGUUUGAGCAUUUGAUAGCAUUGUUCACGAUCGAUAAGAUAAACAGCAAUGAGAGUGACAUGUUGGAUCAAAUUGUGGAGUUGGCACACAUUAGGGACAAGCCCCACUACGUCAAGACACUUCAACAACACUUUGGACUAGAUCCGUCGAUGCCAUUGUUCAUACCAUCAUUGAAUGUACUACAUAGUAUGGUCGAAUCCAAUGCCUAUCACUCACUGGAGUACCACUUCAACACAUCAACAUUCAGCCAAAUGCCAAUCGAACAUCGACUGAGAACAAUCCACUCAAUCAUGGACAAAGGUUAUCACUUUGGAGCAACACAUGUGAUCAAGCUGUGCACCGAUCAGAUCACGGCCAUCACAAUCAAUCAUAUCCAAUCACUCAACUAUGAUCAAGACAAACCAAAGACACAUCAAUGCUCACAUGAGUUGGAGACAGCGGUUCACUCGGUGCUUGGUGACAGGAAGCUUGGAAUGCUCAUCAUGGAACAUGUUGGAUUGGUCCACAAGUCACUUGGUUAUGAGAGUGAUCAAGUGAUCAAGGGUUCACAGUUGAUCGACAAUCAUAGUUUGGCUGAUUACAUCAAUUAUGGUGCGACUGAAUGGUUUAUCAAGGCCAAUGCCUCUGUUGAACAUUGCCAGAACACAUCAUUGUUGGAGUUGGCCUUUAGCAAAUGUAACAAAAUAGUGAUUGAUGUAUUGUUGGACAAUACAAGGAUGUGCCUCGAACCCAGGCCAAUGGUCACUGAACAAUUUGUAAAGGAAAUAUCAUCAUGUUCACAUCCACAAUGGGAGUGGAUGUUUGAUCAAUAUACAAUGAUUACAAGUCAAGGUGCACCACUCAAGAUCAGUCAACAAACAUUGCAGUUGGUACAGCAUCCAUCAUUCCUUCGCAAACUCAUUCAAUGUGGUGCCAAACUUACAAACUAUUACUUCAAGGACAUGGACGCGGUCCGAGAGUGGGUCAGCAGGCCAUGGGCAUCGGAUAUGUUCCAACUACUUGCCCAACACAAACUUGUGGGCACAGAUGAACAACAUCAAAUCCUUGUUCAAGCGAUUGAGCAGGACAAGACGUCAAUCGUCAGGUAUUACCUCAACACAAACAUGCUCCAAACUUUGAUGUCUGACGAUACAAGAGCGCAAGAGAUAGUUGAUUAUUGUUGCAUACAUGGGAGAAUGGAGUGUCUGGACAUGAUACUUCCACUGCUCCCUAUCGCCUCAUUCUCAUGUGUCUUAGAUGAUCCGAUGCCUGGUGGACAAGGUGUUCGACUGGAAUGGUCAUUCAAACAUGCGGCCAAGAAUGGACAUCUUGACAUAAUGCAAAGAUUACAAACAUUCGAACUCAACAGGUGUGAUCAGGCAUUCCAGAUUAGUGCCAUGUGCUCACUCCAGGGAGCAUUGGCCAAUGGACACAUGGAAGUGUUUGAAUACAUACUCAAUGUUAUUGCCUUAUUCACCAACUCCAACUCGGAUUCAUCAGAGCAUAUGGUGCCAUUGACCAUCCAGGAUAUUCAUCACAGCAUACUAUCCAUCAACCUGAUCAAACGAUUGAUGGCAUUACCUUUCCUCAAGUGCGAGUUGUCCAAUGUGUUGAUAGAAGCAAUCAAAUGGAGAAACAAAGAAGUGAUUGACAUGUGCAUCGACUACAAGUAUCGCCACGUAAAUCCAGAUUACUACAGAGCCCUCGACACUGCAGUUGAAGUAUGUGAUCUUGACACUUUGAGAAGGAUCAUUGUCGCGAUGCCCAUAGUCAAGCCAUCAACUGGGAACAUAUGUUCAAUGAUCAAUCAAUUAGGUCGACAAGAUAACAAGGUGACAGAAGAGGUAAUCAUCGAGCUGUUGGAUCAGAAGAAGCUGUCUCCAUGGGAGGUCACAAGUAUACUACAGAGCUCAGCAAGAAAGACCCCACCAUUCUUUAUGAUGAUGGUCAAUCACCUCAAUAUCACAUCAAUACCUGGUAUCCUCCUCAAUGAUUGGAAGCCAGUGAUUGAGAUCAUUAUCAAGCGAGGCGAUACCGAAUCACUCGACUAUCUUAUCAAUCAAGAACUUAUACCUGUUAGACAUUUGCCCGAAUUGAUCAACUUGGAGCACUGCAAUGCAUCAGUACUUGAGCACCUCUUUGACAAACGAUAUAUCACGAUGCUCCAUACCAUCACAGCUCCAUCGAUACCUUCCAUCAAUGACCAGCAUCCAAGAGGCAUCAAGUAA